GAGUUUUCGUUUUCAUUCCGAAAUCAGCGAUUCAUUCCGUAACUGAAUAACACAGCCUAACAAGAAACUUAAAAGUUGAAUCCUUUGGCUGAAAUGGGGAUGGAUCAAAAUAAAACCUUUAUGAUUCUCCCUCUUCUAUUCUCUCUGCUCUGUGUUUCAAUGGUGAUCUCAGAUCCUACUGCAGAAAGCUUCCUCCAAUGCCUCUCCAGUCAUUCUGUACCUUCCCCACCAAUCUCUUCCGUCACCUACUUCCCCAGCAACCCUUCAUACGAUUCCAUUUUACAGUCGUACAUUAGAAACCUCAGAUUCGCAUCCCCUUCAACCCCAAAACCCCUGUUCAUUGUUACUCCGUCCCAUGUGUCUCACAUUCAGACAACGAUCAUAUGCUGCAAAACCCAUGGUCUAGAAAUGAGAAUUCGCAGCGGGGGCCAUGAUUAUGAUGGCCUUUCUUAUGUGUCGGCUGCCCCUUUUGUUAUCCUCGACAUGUUCGAUUUUAGAAUUGCAGAAAAGAGCAAGGUCCAUGGCUUCCCAGCUGGGGUUUGUCCAACUGUUGGGGUUGGUGGGCAUUUCAGUGGAGGUGGGUAUGGCAACAUGAUGAGGAAAUAUGGGUUGUCUACUGAUAAUAUCUUGGAUGCUGUUAUGGUUGAUGCUGAAGGGAGGAUUUUGGAUAGAGAAUCAAUGGGGGAAGAUCUGCUCUGGGCCAUUAGAGGAGGCGGUGGCGCUAGCUUUGGGACAUUAGAACAAGGUGCUACUGAUAUACUCCAUCAAUGGCAAUAUGUUGCUGAUAAAAUUCAUGAAGGUUUGUUCAUCAGAGUUGUUGUUCUUCCGCAGAUCAGAAAGGGGCACGAGACAAUCAAAGCUAAAUUCAUAGCAUUGUUUCUGGGGAAUGCUAAAGAACUUCUUGACAUAACGGGAGAAAAUUUUCCUGAACUGGGUUUAUCCCCGGAGGAUUGCAUUGAAAUGAGCUGGAUUGAAUCAGUCUUGUUCUGGUCUAAUUACCCAAAAGGAACACCAUUUGAAGUCUUGCUUGAUCGACAACCCCAGCAGGAAAAAUACUUGAAGAAGAAAUCAGACUACGUGCAAGAACCAAUUUCAAAGACUGAUCUUGAAGGCAUAUGGAAGAAGAUGAUUGAACUUGAAAGACCAGCAAUGACAUUGAAUCCUUAUGGUGGAAAAACGACUGAGAUUUCUACUUCUGCAUCUCCCUUUCCUCACAGAGCAGGAAACUUGUACAAAAUUCAGUAUUCAGUGACCUGGAAAGAGGAAAGUACCGAGGCUUCCAAUCUGAAUUUAGAUCGAAUCAGGAAGAUUUAUGAUUUUAUGACACCUUGUGUAUCCAAGUCACCAAGGAGUUCAUAUCUGAAUUAUAGAGAUCUUGACUUGGGAAGGAAUGAAAUUGGCAAUGCAAGCUACUCACAGGCCAGCGUGUGGGGCAACAAGUAUUUCACGGACAAUUUUGACAGGCUGGUGCAAGUGAAGAGUAUGGUAGAUCCAGGCAAUUUCUUUAGAUAUGAACAGAGCAUUCCUUCUCUGACAUCCUGGGAGGGUAAAAUGGCAGAGUAGAGUUCCCUUCCGGUGUCUAUACUAUAGCCCUGUCCUUAUGUAUAUAUGUAUUAUAUAAAACGAUUUAUUCACA